AGGCCUGGUUGGUUGCUGGAAUUCCUGUUUGCAUUAUUUGUUCUUUCUUGGCAUGGACAUCAGUUCGACCUUUAUAAAUUGAGCGUCCAUCAUUAUUUUGACAUCCUUCUUCCUGUCAUCACAAAGAGAGUUGAUGGGAGAAGAAAGUUGAGGUGUUUGCUUGGUUGCUUUGUUCCAUUUUUUCCUUGCCUCUCGCCCAAGGUGACCCAAGUUUUUGAGAAGGCAUUUCUACGAAUCGUGCUUCUUCAGACUGCGACAGAGGACUUGAAGACCUCAUUUUGGGGUGAUCAUCAAGUCAUUUAUCAGUCCUCUACCGAAAAAGAGGGUUGACCAUGAGGCACCUUUUGACGGACUUGAGGGGCAACCCGAUCUAUGUCAUGUCCCGUGCGGCCCGCCUUCGUACUCGCUUUCGCCAUCCCCAUCUCCCUACGUUGUUCUAUCAUGUCCAGAAUCGAGCGUGGAAUGACGUUUUGCUUCGAGCCAAAUCUCAUCCGCAGGAAGUGACGGUUCAAGAAGAUGUCAGCAAGAAUAGUCCGUUGCACUGGGCUUGCCGCCUUGAUCCUCCUGUGGAGGUCAUCCUUGCAUUGAAGAAGGCAGCACGUAUGGUGAAUGCAGAAGGAUGCACUCCUCUUCACAUUGCUUCCAGUCAUCUCAUUUCGGAACCGGCAUUGGAGGCUCUAUUGGAGUGUGCGGCGGCUCAGCCAGCUCCUACGUUGCAUUUUGAUUCCUACAAAUCACAACAUCCAACUGCAGACUUGUCUCGCUGUGGUAGAGCUCCCAUUCACUAUGCAUGUUUGUCAUUCCGUGGACUGGCAUUAAACGCCUUUCAGAAGCUUCUUGAAGCCACUUUGGCCGAUGGCAACGUCAUUGUCGACGAUGAAUACUAUUCCAAGCGUCUCUUGGGAUUGGAUGAUUUCUUCAACGAAGAUGAAGAGGCAGCCGUAUCGCCUCAGCAGAGUUUCUCUUCUUUGGAGCAGCCACCUGGCGGCAGAAAAAAAAUCAAUGCCAUGACGAUUCGUGAUGCCAGCGGCCAGACUCCUCUUGGUUGCCUCUUUAAGCGAUACCGUGAACGAAUGAAAUGUGUCAUCAAUACGGUUGACCGCCUUUGGCGUGAACAUGCGGACAAUCCAAGCAAAGCGUCCUUGGCAGCUGCAAUUUCGGUUCACGGAGAAUUGGGAGAACUGUGGCAACGAGCCCGUUUCAUUCUAACCCGAUUGACUCGGGAGCGUCUGAACAACGAGGAGGGUAAGGGUGGCGAAGGUGACGCCCACGAUGAGGCCAAACUCUACGGCGGUGUUCUUAUGGACAUGAACCAGCCACUUUCUCCUGGGGAGAUUGCUGUGGCCAAAGAAGCGGCAUCCUGGUCGGCUGAGCAGCACAACAUGGCCGUGUGGGAGUCCGCUGCGUCCUUGGAAAGAGAGGCUAGAGACGAAAGCCCUCAGCGUCGGGAUAGUUCUCCCAAACGAUUUCGGAUUGUGCACAGCAGCGUGGGUUUGAUCGGUUAUGGUUGUCCACCUGAGAUGGUGAGACUUGCCAUUAGUAUUCAUCCUGAACAAAUCAAGGAGAUGGAUGAAGCCGGCAACCUUCCGAUCCAUAUCGCGGCGACGGCACGGUCGUACUUGACGACAAACUGCGCUGGUGGCAACAAUGACAAGUCGACACUGGCUGCCGCUGCGGCGGCGGCGGUUGCUGCUUCUGAUGAAGAUAGCAUUGUGUCAGAAGCCACUGGCGUCUUGAGUUUCUUUAGCAGUGCGACUGUGGCACAAACCAUCAAUGCGUUUGACAAGGUCAUCAAAAUUCUACUCCAGCAUUACCCAGAGUCUGCCAAGAUCCCACAAGGCAAAACUGGACAUCUUCCUUUGGUUAUGGCAGUCGAAUCGGGAUGCCGAUCCUGGGAUGAUGGCAUUCAUACUCUCUUGUCAGCUUAUCCACCUGCCUUGCACAACCGAAAGCUUGUGUCCUUGCCUCUCUAUGCAAAUGUUCUGUCAAUGAUAACCGACGACAACCAGUCACAAUCACUGUAUGGCGGGAACAGCAAGAAGACAAGUGGUGUGAUGUCUCCACGAAGGGCCACCUUUAGAUCCCCCCGGAAGCGGGCCAACAAGAGUAAAAGGGACAAGGCUUCGCGAAAGUUGACUACCAUGUUCGAGCUGCUCAAGGUCAAGCCGGAAUUGUUGGCUGCCACGGCCGGCAAAAGGGCUGGGAGAGAAGCCGAGGCCUAGUAGGCGCAUCCUAUCAUCAUCGUUGGCUAGCUAGCUAUGGGAGGAAAGAAGCAGGGUUCCAGAGACAAGACGAAUUCAUUGGAUGGAAAUCAUUGAGCCCAGAGAAAACGAACUUUAUAAAUGCACACGAAGAAAGAAAAAAUAAACGAAAAGGUUGCAAGAUAUGGUCCGGUUUCUGCUGUACCGUAUUGGGACAGACUACUGUAUUGGUACCGGUACUGGGUAAAGCAGACCAAGUUCGGUUUGGACCCAUUCAGCAGCGGAAGAAGUUAUCUAAUAGCUAGCUACCUGGUAGAGUAUUUGGCUGAUAACAACAUACGAGAGUAACCAUCCAAAGAUCUAUCUACUUCGUUCUUAGCUAGAACAGAUCCUUCCUUGUUUUUGGAAAGGGCUAGCAUAGUGCAAUUGGACCCAUUCAGCAGCGGAAG